AUGAAUAACUACUAUAAUAAUAAUAAUAAUAAUAAUACAAAUCACAACGUAGGCGGUAAUGAGAACAAUUACAAUGGUUAUGAUCAAGACCAAAAUGUGACAGAUCAAUACGCAAACAACAGUUAUGACUACGAUUAUGAUUGUGAUUAUGAUUACAAUCAACAGGAUUAUGAGCAGCAAAAUUAUAAUCAACAAAAUUAUAAUCAAGAUAAUAAUAACCAGCAAAAUUAUAAUCAACAAAAUUAUAAUCAAGAUAAUAAUAAUAACCAGCGAACUUAUUCUAAUAACAACUCCAAUACUAGAAACCAAAAUAAUAACAUUCUAGCUAAUGGUACCUCUUAUAGCGAUAUAUUCAUCCAAAAUACUUUAAAUGAUAGUACACCAACGUCUCAGACAACAUUCAAUACUAAUAAUAAUAUUCCAUCCAAUUCACCAAUUCAUCCAGCACCACAAAUAAGACCAAAUUUACCAAGAAUUAAUGUAGUAUCUGCCACACCAGACGUUCUAAUUAAUUCACCAUCAUCUACACAAUAUCAACAACAGCAACAGAAUCAGAAUCAAUCCUAUAAUGAUGAUAACUUGUAUUAUAAUCAUAUUAACUCAAAUAAUCCAUAUAAUUCUCAGGACAAUAGUAUAUUGGAAGUUGAUCAAUCUUCUAAUGAUUUUACAAAUACAACUGAUACAAGACCAAUUUUAAAUGCCAAUGAAGAAAAUAUUUCAAUGUCUAGAAAUCCAACAUUCAGUAAAUAUGUAUAUGAUGAUGAUGAUCCUUUGGAUACUCCACUGCCGCUUUCCUCCAAUGCAAUUGAAGAUCCAGAGGUGUUUUAUGUGGAUCAGAAUGGUGAUAAUUAUGAAUUGAAUACUUAUUUAGAUAGAGAUGGAAAUAUGGUGGAUCCCUAUACAACUAUGGGUACACCUCAGCAACAAAAUGAUGGUGAUUAUUACGGAAAUAAACUAUAUUCUUCAAGAAAUCCAGACGACAUUCGUAAUAAAUAUUCACAUGUAGAUUUAGGUGAGUAUGAAGGGGUUAAUAAUUCAAGAUUAGACCUAGUAGAUAACUCAGACGAUAUUACUACAUUACAAAAAUUGAAACUAUCAUCUGCUAUUUCUUCAAGAUCAUCCAUCGUGUCAACUUCAAACUCAUCAACUGCAGAAUCAAAUGAUAAUUUAUUAAAUGUAAAAGAAUUUAAUAUUGAAAAUGUAAAUACUCCCAAAAGAAGAAAUACUGUAUUGAGGAAGUUUAAAUUAUCAAACGGUAAUUUUGUUUUUGAUUCUCCAAUUUCAAAAUCUUUAUUAGGUAAUUAUACUAAUGCAGUUGAUAAUGAUGUUAAUAACUUAUCAAAUGAAUUUAAAUUUAUGAGAUAUCAAGCUAUAACAUGUGAACCACAAUAUCUACAAACCAAUUUUUUCUCUGUAAGACAAUUAAAUUAUCCAAGACCAAGACAAACUGAAAUGAUGAUUGUUAUUACAAUGUAUAAUGAAGAUCAUAUUCUCUUGGGUAGAACUCUGAAAGGUGUGAUGGAUAACGUUAGGCAUAUGGUGAAGAGACAAAGUUCCAGUGUUUGGGGUCCAGAUGCUUGGAAAAAAAUCGUUGUUUGUAUUGUAUCAGAUGGUAGAGCGAAAAUUAACGAAAAAUCAUUAGCUUUGUUGAGUUCUUUAGGUUGUUAUCAAGAUGGUUUCGCUAAAGAUGAAGUUGAUGAUAAACCAGUUAAGAUGCAUGUUUAUGAACAUACUACAAUGAUGAAUAUUACAAAAGUUACUAAAGAUCAUUUGGAAUUGAAUUGUGAUCAAACUACUGUGCCAAUUCAAUUAUUAUUUUGUUUAAAGGAAAAAAAUAAAAAGAAGAUUAAUUCUCACAGAUGGGCAUUUGAAGGUUUUGCCAAUUUAUUAAAUCCAAAUAUUGUUUGUUUAUUAGAUGCAGGAACAAUGCCAGGUAAGGAUUCCAUUUAUGAACUAUGGAAAGAAUUUUUAAAUCCACAAGUUGGUGGUGCGUGUGGUGAAAUCAAAACAGAUCUUGGUAAAGGUUUUACUAAAUUGAUUAACCCAUUAGUUGCAUCACAAAAUUUCGAAUAUAAAAUGUCCAAUAUCUUGGAUAAAACUACAGAAUCAAAUUUCGGUUUCAUUACUGUCCUGCCAGGUGCAUUUUCAGCUUAUCGUUUAGUUGCAGUAUCUGGUGAACCUUUGACUAAAUAUUUUUAUGGUGAACAUAUGGAGGAAGAAGAAAGUAAAAUGCAUUUUUUUUCAUCAAAUAUGUAUUUAGCAGAAGAUAGAAUUCUAUGUUUUGAAAUUGUAACAAAAAGAAAUAGCAAUUGGUUAUUAAAAUAUUGUAGAAGUUCAUACGCAUCAACCGAUGUUCCUGAAAGAGUUCCAGAAUUUAUUUUACAAAGAAGAAGAUGGUUGAAUGGUUCAUUUUUUGCCAGUAUUUAUUCAUUUGCUCAUUUUUAUAAAAUUUGGACUAGUGGUCAUAAUAUUAUUCGUAAAUUCAUAUUGAAUAUAGAAUUCCUUUAUCUUUUAUUCAAUACUAUAAUGUCAUGGUUUUCUUUAAGUUCAUUCUUCUUAGUCUUUAGAAUUUUAACGUUAUCAAUUGCUUUAUCAUAUCAUUCAGCAUUUAAUAUACUUUCGGUAAUCUUUUUAUGGUUAUAUGGUGUUUGUGUGUUUUCUACUUUUGUUCUAUCCUUAGGUAAUAAACCUAAGAAUACAGAAUCCUUUUAUGUUAUUACAUGUGUUAUCUUUGCUGUUUUGAUGGUUUAUUUGAUCUUCUGUAGUAUAUUUAUGACCGUCAAAUCUUUUGAAGAGAUUGUGAAUGAAGGUAAUAUAACAUUUACAAAAUUAAUGUCAACCAAGACAUUUCGUGAUAUUGCCAUCUCAAUGAUGUCAACAUACGUACUAUACGUUAUCAGUUCACUAAUUUACUUACAACCAUGGCAUAUGCUUACAAGUUUUAUGCAAUAUAUUCUAUUAAGCCCCUCCUAUAUCAAUGUCUUGAAUAUCUAUGCGUUCUGUAACGUGCAUGAUAUUUCAUGGGGUACUAAAGGCGCAGUUGCUAAAGCACCAUUGGGGAAAAUUACUUCAGGAGAAGAUGGUACUUUUGAUAUGGAAAUUUUAAUUAGUAGUACUGAAAUUCAACAAGAUUACGAUAAGUAUUUGAACAUUUUACAUGCUAAAGUUGAAAAAGAAGAAACUAAAGAGGUCAAUUUUGAAGAAAAGAAAGCUGGUUAUUACGGUCUAUUUAGAUCACUAGUUAUCAUCUUCUGGGUAAUUACAAAUUUCAUUGUUGUUGCAUUAGUUCUUGAAACAGGUGGUAUUGGUGAUUAUGAAAAUAUGCACAAGAUGAAUGAUACCAAGGUAGAACAGAUUGAUAGUAGUGUCACUGUCAGGCUGCUAUCUCCUAGAGCAUCUAUUUAUUUUGCAAUUGUGCUAUGGCUAGUUGCUUUAAAUGCUCUUAUAAGACUUUUUGGCUGUGUCAUCUAUAUGUGUAGUAGAAUCUCUUUCAAGUUUAGAUAUAAGGAUGCUUAA